AUGGUUAUGCUUACAAAUGGAGAUGCUUCUGUUUACAUCAAUCGAGCUGAUAUUUAUCGUGAACUUAAAAAAUUUAAUAGAGGGAUGGCCGACAUAAAAAAGGCUCUGAAAUUUGAUCUAACCAAAGCCGAAAAAGCUAACGUAAUUGGAAAUCGUGGUAUUUUUAAUAUGAAUGCUAGACGUUAUGAAGAGGCUGUCGAGGAUUUUACAAAGGCAUUGAAAUUACAACCCGAUAAUGCAACUGUGCAUCGUAAUCGAAGUAGCGCUUAUCGCAUGUUAAGAAAACUGGAUAAUUCUAUAGAGGAUUUGGAACGAGCAUGUCUCAUUGAUCCGGGCAAUGUUUAUCAAUAUGGAAUGCGCGGAGCUUUAUAUAUGGAAUUAAGAAGAUGGAGCGAUGCCAUAACAAAUCUCGAUUUUGCCGUACGACAUCAUCCCCAGAGUGCCACUCCUUAUUCUAAUCGUGGCGAAUUAUUAUUUAAGCUAAGAAGGUAUAAUGAAGCUUACAUCGAUAUUAAAAAGGCCUUAGAAAUUGAUCCUCAACAUAUGAUUUCUCUUCAGCAAAUGAUAGAUAUUUGUCGAAGAAUGGGAGAUUACCCGAAAGCCUUGUCUACGGCAAACAAAGCCUUGAUUUUACACCCCAAGAAUAAAAAUACCUUGAUACUUCGCUCAGAAAUCUAUUAUCAUCAGAAUUCCUUUAAAGAAGCUCUCAAGGAUUUAGAUAGCGCUAUUAAACUUUCUCCGAAAGCAUGCUCACCACUUUGUUGUCGGUCCGAAGUACAUUCUAAACUGAAAAACUAUGAUUUGGCUUUAGACGACAUCAAUCAGGCGUUGACAAUUCGAGCAUCAAAUCCUUAUGCUUAUGAGAUACGUGGCAAUAUCUAUCGUAAACUUGGAAAGCAUAACGAAGCUUUAAAUGAUUUUAAUAAAUCUUUAGAGUUGUUACCAUUAAAUGCUACUUACCUUGAUUCGGAUGACCAUAACAAAAGGGCUAAACGAAACCAUUCAGGAUGCGAUGAAGGGUUCACUUUGAUUUUUAAAAUGCAAGGAGAACGAAAUUUUGCAAGUAUAUAUACAAGGCGUGGAGCAACAUUAUUAGCGUUGGAACGUUAUGAUGAGGCAUUAUCGGAUCUGAACCAAGCAUUAGCGUUACAAUCUGAACAUUUACUUGCUUUGAAGAAGCGAGCAUGCGUUUAUCAAAAGUUGGGUAAACUAGAUUUAGCGUUAAAUGAUAUUAAUAGAUUUUUGGAGCUGAGAAAAAAAUACAAUAUAACUGGAUUUCGUAAAUCAGAUAGCACUGCCGGGAUUAGAAUUCGUGAUAGCAUAGAAUCCGGUGUAAUAAGCGAAUCUGGAUCAAUUUGA